AUGGUUAACAAAGUGUUUAGUGUUGCUGUCUUCUUUGUCGUCUUCAGAGAAUGUCUUGAAGCAGUGGUUAUUAUAUCCGUGCUUCUUUCCUUCUUGGACCAAUCUAUAGGUACAAGAGAUCUUGCUUUAUUCAAAAAGCUAAAAAAACAAGUUUGGAUAGGUGUCGGAGUUGGCUUUGUGAUAUGUCUGGCAAUUGGUUGUGGGUUUAUUGGUGCUUAUUACUCUUUACAAAAAGAUAUAUUUGGGUCAGCUGAAGAUCUUUGGGAAGGUAUAUUUUGUAUGAUUGCUACCGUUAUGAUUACAAUGAUGGGUAUCCCUAUGUUAAGAAUGAAUAAAAUGCAAAGUAAGUGGAGAGUGAAGAUUGCAAAAUCCUUAGUAGAUAUUCCAAAACGUAAACGUGAUAGAUUUAAAUUAAGUUAUUUAACUAGUCGUUAUGCAAUGUUCUUAUUACCAUUUAUCACAGUUCUUAGAGAAGGUCUUGAAGCUGUGGUUUUUGUCGCUGGUGCAGGUAUCACCACAAAGGGUUCACAAGCAUCUGCCUAUCCGUUACCAGUAUUUGUUGGUCUACUAGCUGGAGGAUUUGUUGGUUGGCUACUUUACUUUGGGGCCUCUCGUUCUUCUUUGCAGGUGUUUCUGAUAAUUUCUACUUCUAUCCUGUAUCUGAUUUCUGCAGGGUUAUUUUCUAGGGGAGCAUGGUUUUUCGAAAACUAUAGGUUCAACGUUAAGACUGGUGGUGAUGCCUCUGAAGGUGGUGACGGUAAUGGUUCUUACAAUAUCAAGCAAGCUGUGUAUCACGUCAAUUGUUGUAACCCAGAAUUAGAUAAUGGGUGGGAUAUCUUCAAUGCUUUAUUGGGAUGGCAAAAUACGGGUUAUUUGUCAUCUGUUCUUUGUUACAAUAUAUAUUGGGUUGUGCUGAUAUCCAUCUUGGGACUCAUGAUCUAUGAAGAGAAAAAGGGUCAUUUACCAUUUUUCAGACAGCUACAUCUAAGGCAAUUAAAUCCAGGUUAUUGGCUCAAAAAUAAAAAAAAGGAUGAAAUGACUCAAGAACAAACAGAAAACCUCUUCCACAAUUUAGAGAAGUUACAAUUCAAUGAAAAUGGUGCCAUUGAUUUGACUGCACAUCAGCAGAAUGAAGAAGGCGCAGAUGAAUUUGGAUCUUCAAGCCAGCAGCCCUUUGAUAGUACAGAUAAGAAACAAACUGUCGAAGACCACACCUUACAAAUUCAAGAAACAAAUGAAAGAAGCAUAUAA